UCGAACAGUAGCGUCUUACUCGUAAUCUCUCCCAUCAUUCACAGAUGUGGGUCCCGUCAACUCUGUAUCAAUUAUCAAGUUCACUCACAACAGAUGUUUCUGUGUACUGCAUUACACUUUUAACUUCCCCUACAAGAAUUUGUGUAUCAUAUAUGCAUUCAUAAAGGUAAGCACACACGGAAAACGCACAGAUUCUUCCACACUUGAUAGAUCAGAGGGAAUCAGUGUGUUUCUCUUCAGAAACCCUGCAACCAAAUAUACCCCCACCCCAUUGACACACUGAGGGAUAGAGAGAGGGGGGAAAUGAUGUGGGAAGCUGGAGAAUCAACCGAAGGAGGUGCUAAUGGAAAUGGUGGAAGUGGGAGGAGGAAGCCUUCUUGGAGAGAGAGAGAGAACAACAGGAGAAGAGAGAGAAGAAGAAGGGCCAUAGCAGCCAAGAUUUAUACAGGUUUAAGGGCACAAGGGGAUUACAAUUUGCCUAAACACUGUGACAACAAUGAGGUCCUCAAAGCUCUCUGUACUGAAGCUGGUUGGAUUGUUGAGCCUGAUGGUACCACUCAUCGCAAGGGAUGCAAACCACCACGCCGGGAUGUUGGAAGCAUUUCAACCAACGUGACACCUAUUUCUUCUGUAAAUCCAAGUCCACCAUCAUCUUAUUUCGCAAGUCCAAUACCUUCUUACCAACCGAGUCCAUCAUCCUCGUCCUUCCCUAGCCCGACUCGACAAAGUGCCAAUCCAUCAUCACAUCCAUUUGUAUUCCUCUUUAACAAUAUCCCUUCGUCUCUUCCUCCUCUUCGCAUAUCAAACAGUGCCCCGGUAACUCCACCGCUCUCAUCUCCAACUAGACGCCCUAAGGAAACAUUCAGUUUGGAAACUCUCGCUAAAGAAUCCAUGUCUGUCUUGAAUAUCCCCUUUUCUGCUGCUGCAUCUGCCCCGGCAAGUCCAACUCGUGUUCGACACUUUAUUCCAACUACCACUAUCCCCGAAUGUGACGAGUCGGAUUCAUCUACUAUUGAUUCUGGUCACUGGAUGAACUUCCAAGCAUAUCCAAAUGCACCCAACAUGGUUCCAACCUCUCCGACCUUUAAUCUUGUGAAACACGUGGCUCAACACCUUCCUUCCAAGGAUGCCAUGUUGGACAAAGGGAAGGGUAAAGAAUUUGGGUUUGAUAAUGUAGCAGUGAAGGCUUGGGAAGGGGAGAGGAUUCAUGAGGUGGGAUUCGAUGAUCUUGAGCUCACACUAGGAAGUGGGAGCACUCGAAUUUGAGAACAAUUGCAGUGGGUGGAAAUAUGGAUGAUCUUAAUUCUUAAGUUUGUGAGGGCUUCUUGUGCCAAAAAGUACUUGCAGAUUGAACUUUAUAACUCAACUUGUUAGUUUUCACCAUCGUAGCUCGACUCAGUUUGUUCUUUAUAUUGCCUGUGUUAAAGAAAAAGUUUUACAUAACUCUGCUGGGGAAACAUUAUUCAGGUCAGUCCAUCAUUGUCGUGGUUCCUUCACUUUCAUUACAUUGAUGCGGUACGUGCAUUAAUCUCAUUGAAGUCACCGUCUAGUAAAAGCUUAUGAAUUCAACCAAUUUAGGAUGGAUUGGUUUUAAGUUUCAGUAUUUCCACUAUUGCUCAUGCCUUUCAAGUUCUUGAAGGAUUGCAAGUGGAUAGUAGUUUCUUCUUUCUUAUUUUCAUCCUGUAUUAUUAUUUACAUCGCAGACUGAAGACUGGUGAGAGUUUAUUCACCUAUAAACUAUUUUGAUGCUGUCUUAAUUAUAACGCAUUCCAGUGUUUGGCAUUCU